AUGGACGGCAAGAAGAUCGGGACGCUUAUUAUGAUGCUGUCCUUUGGCCUGCUACCCGCCCUGAGAAGGUUCGUCGUCGUUUUGAUUAUGACGUGUAUGACCGUUGCCUUGGAUUGGCUCUAUCUCGAUGCGUUGGUAGUUCGGCGCCUCUACAGGUAUGUUGGUAAGUCAGCUCUUCUGGAUGAAGCUCUUACUUCCUCCAAUGUGCUUAACCCUGAUGCAGAUAUCUUGUGCUGGAGAAGCAUCCAAAAGAUUAUGCAGCGCGAUGAUAUUGCCCUGGCCAAGUCUGAAACCUCCUUGGAGGUUAAGGAACUUUACAAGAGAUAUGUUGCUGCAAGUCAACGAGUGCUGGCUAAGAUUGAAAAAUCUUUGGUAGCUGUAGAGAACGCCGAGCAACCACAACUACAUCAUCCCGUUUAUCUUCUCCGCCAGUGGGUGAAUUUGCCUCUGUCUAUUGCUGAUGGCCGUGAAAGCCUCAAUGGUAUCACCAUUCCUUGGAAGUUACGAAGAUUACUUCUUGGUGCGAUCUUGAGAGCGACUCCUCUCUUUGCCACCGAUCAUGACAUUGCCUUCUCUAAUCACGUGAAGCAGCUCGAGAAGAGCGAAGAAGGUUCGCCUGAUUCCUUUCUGGCUGAUAUUGUUGCCCUUGCUCGGUCGUCUGGUUAUCCCAAUGUAGAAGCAUUUCUGGGAAUCUCUGUUCCUAGACCUGUACGUGACCUACAGUAUGCCUCUGGCUCUUUUUUCCAGAGUCUCAUAAACGAAAUCGUCGAAAUAAGUCACUCCCUGUUGACAACUCAAGUCGAGGUCGUGAGCGAGAAGCUUCAGGGAAGCGAUGAGGACUCCAUUGACUCUUGCCACGAGACCGUGAAGGCUGCCCUUGACACAAUGAGUGUGUCUAUCCUAGUACCCUUCCCUGCACCUAUUGCCUCACCACACUCCCUUGAAGACCAGAUUCAAGUGCGCCAAAUUACCGUGGCCGAUUGCGGCCAGUUAAACCAACUGACUCCUUGGACACCAAGCAACAGUGUUGAAUUUAUGAGGUUGAUUGGGAUGAGUAUUUAUCUCCUAGCAAUCGUGACCAGUUUCGUCGUGAGAUUGGGAACUUCUGUGAUAAGAAGUGGUUGUUCUCCACUCUUCCACCUCAUCACACAGCCGUGUAGCGAUCUUCGCUCGGUCAAUCGGCUCUUGCCCAAGGCGAGUUACCCUGGACGGCCGAUUGGAGAUAUCGUUGAUAUGGUGAGAUGCCGCUAUCGUACUAAUUAUGAUUUCCUCUUCCUCGAUUUGUCUAAGGCCUUUUUACGACUCCGUUUGAGUGGAGAUAAGGUGCUCAAGAUUAAAUCUGAUGCUAUGACUGGCCGACGUAUCGAGAUGUCGUCUGUUAACGACUUUACUGAUAUCAUCGAAGGACUCGUGAUUGCUGUAUACUACGACGAUGUUCUGGCGAUCGCUGUUCUCUGUGGAAGUGAGUUCCCUGAGGAAAAAUGUGUUGAGUGGCGUAUUGACCGUGACAGUCAAUUAGUGAUUCAGUGCGUGAAGCCUGAUCCUGUGAUACUUGAUGGACCUUUCGUCUCUCAUGCCAUGCUACUGUCCGCUUCAUUGGAGAUUAUAUUCGCCAUAUCUUUGGACAAUCUCCUGCUGAGGGGUAUGGCUAUGUUUUACACUCAGUCGGUGAGUCAUCUUUCUAGUCCUGGUCUGAUCUCAGUGUUCCAUCGAAGCCCAUCAGAGCUGGUGUUUGGAGUGGAUAGACCCAUCUUUGAUGUGGACUCCUUCCCCGAGUCUUCAGAGGAGAUCUCUAAACGUUGGGAAACUUUGCAUCGCCAGAUCGCUGAUAACUUUUAUAUUUGUAGCGCUAUUCAGAGCGAUGCUUCUCAUCUGGCUGAGAUGCAAGACUUGGCCCGUAAAGUGCCGCUGAAAGUAUAUAAGAUAGGCGAUCAAGUUCGUGUUUCUAGAAUGGAGGACGGCCACCGUGUGAUUCGGGGCCCUUUCAGAGUCUCUUCUCUGCAUGAGUCCAACCCCUAUCUAUAUUGUCUUGAUGGUUGGUCCCAAGGAUGGGUAUCUUUAGGUCAAUUGUUGCCCUAUCAUUCUGAUGCCGAGAUGAAGGACUUCAAUUACGCAGUCAAACCACAUCAAGCUUAUAGUGCUAGUACUUUUCGGCUACAGCUACCCAACGAUGUUGGUAUUCCUGCUGCUAACGUUUCCAAAGGUGACUUUGUUAUUUAUCCUAUCGAUGAUGAUACUUCCGGGUCGUCUGAACCUAACCGUAUCCUGUACAUCAUGGAAGUUGUUAAUCGUGACGGUGAUUCUAUUGAUGCUCUUUCUCUUACUAAGGAUAAUAAGGGUCGUUACAAGCGUCCGUUGGUCCGUGAUAGACCCCAUUUUACGUGGACGUUUGAUGUAAGUGCUAUUGUUGGUGCUUUUCGUCCUACUAAAACUCGUCGCCUUCCUUCUAAAGUAUCGUCAUGGUUGACAGAUCACGGCGCUGAGGCCAUGUCUGGGGGGCGUGCAAGCGAUAACCCGCUGUAAGUCGCCAUGACCUAAUUAUCAGCCGUUAUCUGCGCUCGCCCUAGUGAUCGAU